AUGGAGCUCACAGCAACAAUGCCCACGGCCAUGUCGUUGGUCACCGUCCUCAUCGUCCUCGUUCUCGGCUCCCUCCUCUCCUGGCGCAGCCGCCCCAAGGCCCUGAACCUCCCACCAGGCCCGAGGGGUUGGCCGCUGGUCGGCAGCCUCGGCGCUCUGGCUGGCACGGUCCCGCCGCACCACGCGCUGGCCGCGCUCGCCGCGCGCCACGGCCCGCUCAUGCACCUCCGCCUCGGCUCCUACCACACCAUCGUCGCUUCCUCUGCCGAGGCCGCCACUCUCGUGCUCAAGACCCACGACCUCGCCUUCGCCGACCGGCCGCGCUUCGCCGCCGGCGAGGUCGCCUCGUACGGGUACCGUGGCAUCGUGCACGCUCCCUACGGCGACUUAUGGCGCAUGGCGCGCAGGCUAUGCGCCACCGAGCUCUUCUCACCGCGCCGCGUCGCCUCCUACGAGCACAUCCGGGCGCAGGAGCGGCGCACGCUUCUGCGUGGCAUGUUCGAGCGCGCCGGCCGCGCCGUCCCGAUAAGGGAGCGUCUGGCGGACGCCACGAUGCGGAACAUGCUGCGCAUGGCGCUCGGGGAUAAGUGGUCGGGCUACUACGACAGUAAGGAAGGCGAGGCCUUCCGGCGCACGCUGGACGAGGCGUUCGCGGUGGCCGGCUCGGUGAGCAACGUCGGCGAGUGGGUGCCCUUUCUCGGAUGGCUCGACGCGCAGGGAUUCGUCCGGAAGAUGAAGCAGCUGAGCAAGAUGUACAACCGGUUCCUCGAGCAGAUCCUCGACGACCACGAAGAGGAGCGGCGGCAACGAAAAGCUACCGGAGCCGACGAUACUACCGCGACGAGGGGCCUUGUGGACGUGCUGCUGGAGCUCGCCGAGGUAGAGGGAGAAGAUAGGCUCACGCGCGACGGCGUCAAGGCCUUCGUCCAGGACAUCUUAGCCGGUGGCACGGACACGUCGGCCCUUUCCAUGGAGUGGGCCAUGGCUGAGCUCAUCCGCCGGCCGGAGGCCAUAGCCGCCGCCCAUGACGAGCUCGACCGCGUCGUGGGCCAGGGCCGGUGGGUCGAGGAGUGCGACCUGGAAAACCUCCCCUACAUCGGCGGCGUUGUCAAGGAGACAUUGCGGAUGCACCCGGUGGCCCCGCUCCUCAUCCCACACCGGGUGCGGGAGCACACGGUGGUCGCCGGCUAUGACGUCCCCGCAGGCGCUCGCGUGCUGGUGAACGCGUGGGCCAUCAUGCGCGACCCGAAGUCGUGGCCCGAUCGGCCGAAUGAGUUCCGUCCGGAGCGGUUCGCUGCCGGGAGCGGCGCCGGGGUAGACGUGCGCGGGCAGCACUUUGAGCUGCUGCCGUUUGGCGCUGGGCGGCGCAUGUGCCCGGCGUACAACCUUGCCAUGAAGGUCGUGGCGGGAGGCGUGGCGAACCUGCUGCACGGGUUCAAGUGGCGUCUGCCGGAUGGGGUCUCGCCGGAGGACGUGAACAUGGACGAGCUCGUUGGGCAGACGACGCGCAUGAAGGAUCCGCUCGUCGCCGUCCCGGAGCCCAGGCUGCCUGCGCAUCUCUACGCCACCGCUGGCUGAUCGGAAUCGUGCAAGCAAUAGUUAAGUUCCAGAGUCGGAUCUAAAAUAUCGUCAAAAAAGAGUCGGAUCUAAAAUACUAAAUCAUUUGGCUAUAUAAUAAAUUCAGUUUCCAGAA